AGAACCUCGUUGUGACCGUCCCACUGAGCCCCUGUUUCUUUUUGCAUCGUAUCCUGCUCUUUAUCCAUCUCUGUCUUGGUCUGCUAGAAGAAGCGUCUCUCCUUUAUGCUCAUGGAGGCACCAUUUAUUCUCACCCUCAGAAUUCGGCCAUGAGACUCUGUUGGACUUGACUUAAGCUUUGUUGUGGAUUCUCAAGCCAGACUCUCUCUGUUUCCGGUUUAGGACACCUUGUGUAAGAUGACAGCGAUGGGCUCAGAAGUACGUGACCUUAACACACUCCUGUCCCCUGUGCCAGCACUCCCAGCGGGGAAUGGGAACUGCCCUCUGCCUGUAAGCAGUGCCCCUCAGUGGGCACCUGUACUGGACCUUCAUACUGGCACCCCCUACAGCUCACUGGGCUCACACUCCUUCAUUAAGCAAGAGCCCAGCUGGGGCUCAACUGACCCCCAUGAGGAUCCUCAUUGUGGCCUUAGUGCCUUUACAGUACACUUCUCGGGACAGUUCACAGGCACCGGGGCGUGCAGGUAUGGCGCAUUUGGGGCACCAACACCGAACCAGACCCCUGCUAGUCAAACUAGGAUGUUCAGCAAUAGCCCAUACCUGUCCAACUGCAUGGACAGCCAGACUGGAUCCAGAAACCAGGGUUACAGUGCUGUUUCCUUUGAUGGUGCCACAAACUACGGACACACGCCGUCCCACCACACCUCCCAGUUCCCUAACCACCCCUUCAAACAUGAAGACACAAUCCCACAGCAAAGCAACAUGGGUGAGCAGCAGUAUCCCGUUCCUCCUCCUGUUUACGGCUGCCACACGCCAUCCGAGAGCUGCACAGGGAGCCAAGCACUGCUCCUGAGGAACCCUUACAACAGUUUGAACCCUAGCAAUGACAACUUAUACCAAAUGGCACAGUUGGAGUGCAUGGGCUGGAACCCAGUCAACACGUUGGCAUCUACAAUUAAGAGUCAUCCUAGCAGUUAUGAGAAUGACCCAAGCAUGAUGUACAGCUGCAGCGCCCAGUACCGAAUACACACCCAUGGAGUCUUCAGAGGAAUUCAGGAUGUGAGACGGGUGCCAGGCAUUGCUCCUGCCAUUGUGCGCUCAUCCGAAACCAACGAAAAGCGGCCGUUCAUGUGUGCCUACCCCGGCUGUAACAAGCGCUACUUCAAACUCUCUCACUUACAGAUGCACAGUCGCAAACACACAGGUGAAAAGCCCUACCAGUGUGACUUCACAGACUGCGGCCGGCGAUUUUCCCGAUCUGAUCAGCUAAAGAGGCAUCAGAGAAGACACACAGGUGUUAAACCUUUCCAGUGUGAGACAUGUCAGAGAAAGUUCUCACGGUCAGACCAUCUUAAGACGCACACCCGGACUCAUACAGGUAAAACAAGUGAAAAGCCCUUUAACUGCAGGUGGCCAAACUGCCAGAAGAAGUUUGCCAGAUCUGAUGAGCUAGUCCGGCACCACAACAUGCACCAGAGGAAUCUGACCAAACUGCAGCUGACCAUCUGAAGAAGCUAACUGCUGCCAUGCAAACGUCAUCUGCUGUCACAUGGGAUAAUUUCCAGUUCUGCGUGUCUCAGCUCUGCAUGUUUGACUCUAACCAAAGAUAUACACAUUUGGGCCCUAGAUAGCUGAUGACCAUGUCAGCUCACUGUACUAUUCCUUACUUUUCACAAUGCAAAUGGGUGUCUAUAGAAAUAAUGUAAAGGUGUUUUCAAAUGUAGGAAUGUGUCUUGAUUUCAUGCACAAAUGGCAGUUUAAGCCCAUUUAGCAUUUAGCUAUCCACAUUAGCUUUCUAGAUCAGCCUAUUUAAAUGAUAUAGUUCAAUUACACGUCAUUUUUUUAAUGCAUUUUCUCCCAUUUUCCUCCCGAUUUAGCGUAGUCAAUCUGUCUUCCGCUGCUGAGGGAUGCCCGAUUGCAUCCGAGGACAGCAUGUCGCUGUACACGCCUCUUCCAACAAAUGCACAGCCUUCCUCUUCUUUCCCCUGCAUUCCGCAAAUCAGGGUCCUUACACAGCAUAUGAAGAUCCCACCCCACACAUAGUCCGGCCCCCACCCUGCAGAUACGGUGGCCAAUUAGUAUCUGCUACAGGCACUGCCAAUUAUGUCGGCCAGAUGGCGCCCAGCCGGCCGGUUGCAAAGCCGAGUUUCGAACCGUUCAGAAUCUCGGUGCUGGUGUGCUAGCAGAAUAUCCCGCUGCGCCACCUGGGUGCCUGGACAACAGUCUCUUUAUGUUGUCCAGAGAUUGUGGAUGUCUAAUAUAAUAAAGUAAAUGCCUCGUUAACAUGCUAUAUUUAAACAGCCAGACUAUCAAAGUCUUGCCUACUUACUUCUUUUCAUAAUACAUAUGCAAUGAACAGAAUCCAGUUUAAGGUAAUGGCUGCAGUCCAAUCCAAAGCGAUAAUUUCUACUAAGGGCACUUUGAAGUGUGUCCACUCACAGCAGCAGAUUCAAAGUAAGGAAAACUGUUUACUGUAUAGGGCUCGUUGCUACGGUCAUUCUUGAUAAGGAGGACUGAUAAGGCUUUAGACUCCGAGAGAUCUUUGCUGUGUUUUCUGUCUGAAUAAAAUAUGAUCAUAGCAACCAGCUUGUUUACCUCUGAAAACAGUUAGAUGUUAAGUUUAUAAACUUAAAUAUUGAUCAAUCCAUUUUAUAUGCUUUUGAAAAUAAGCUUUAAAUCUAAGAUUGGAAGUGUGUUGGCUGUUAUUCUCAUUUCAUUUGAGGCCCACAGUUUCCUUACUACAGAGGUUGUACCUUUUAAAGGGAUUAAUGCAUAGUGAUAAUCCUUUAGAAUGGACCAAAGCAAUUGCAAACAACUAAGAAAUAGUAUCACAAGAGUGUUCAGGUGUAAGGUACACUUUCUAACAAAGCUUUGUAAACAUGUUGCUGAUUUCAAUAACAAGUAUUUAUGCACAAUCAUUUUGUAUGAAGGUACUCUGGGUGGGUUAAACUACAAAUUGUAAUGCAUCACCCCCUUUCCCCAAAGUUCCCCACAUCACAUCAGAUCAGAUCUCAGAAAGCAGAUCACCAAUCACCCGAACACACAGUUGUACAAAAGUAUAAAAAAAUGAUGGUCAGAUGUAACUCAAGAACAGCAACCCAGGUAUCAAGCAUUGCUGUUGGUUUAGAAGGUGUCAAACAAAAAGAUAGCCCCGUUCCAAAAUCAGCACCUUGAAAUCUGACAGAAAUUUAUUUGUCUCACAGACAAAUAAAAAAAAAAACAGGAACCGGGAAAUGCAGGAUAUAAACUCUUUAGCUUCAGUUUCAGUUGCUUUAUGUUUUUAUUCAAUGCACAUCAACGUAUUACUAUAGAUUGUAUGUAGAUAUUAUGCAGAUAAUGCAAAAUGGCUUUUUGAUGUAGGUCAUUGGUGGAUGUUUAUCUGAACUAUAUGCAACACUGGAGCUGAUUCUGUCUUCUAUCUGGGUCCAUAUUGUGUAUAUCUAUGGUUCUAAUGUAUCUAAUAUAACUCAUGAAGAACUUGAUAUUCAGUUGAUGAGACAGCAAUAAUAUAAUGCAAGACAUGCCGUGGCGGUGAGUGCUGCCUGCCGUGUCUCUGGGGGGACUGGAGUUUGACCUCUGACCUGCUCACACUGUUACAUGUAGUAGCAUUAAGACCAGAACUGAUCUCAGAACUGAACUUCUACCAGCUGGGGCAUCUGCUUUGUGAAUGAUCAUUGUGUUGGUUUGGUCAGUUGAAGUAUUCUAGAAAGGGCACAAAGUGGGACAUUUAGUACUCAAACAAUUCAGCGCUAAAACAAUUCAGUACUGGCACUGUUAUGGGAUCCCGUGAGGAUCUAAUGUGACCCUGUGUAAAUGCCAGUGCUGAUGUAUAAUAAUAAUGCAUGGUAUAUUUACUGUAGUAGCUCUUAGAGAUUUUUGAACUAAUUUAUUACUUUCCUUUGUAAAUUUAAACCUUUCAAGCAUUUGCUUACACCCACAUAUUCAGCAUCCCAUUAUAGUGUGUUCCACUUCAGACCUGAAUCAUAAUGUAUACAAGGACCAGUCGUGAUGGUAUAAUACAAACGUCUAUUCUGUGCUGUUAGUGAACCCCCAAACGCCAUCAGACAUCAGCAGUUAUAUUGUAAGUAAGUCACACUGGCUAUGUGACAAGAUUUCUGGUCUAGUUGUAAAUAUUCCUGGAACAAAAAAUAAUGGGAUUUUUUAAACAAUUUUAGGGAAAAUGUGACUCACAUUAACAAAGACAGAAAAUGUGAAGCUACAUAAAUGGGAUUGUUUUUUAUUUCUAAACUGUGUGUUUUUCUGUAUCAUAUAAAUAUAUGCAGUAUGUUAUUGAUAAUCCUUUUUUAUAAUUAAACUUGACAACAGCAAUACUGAGUGGUUGUAAAUAUUUUUAGAUGUAUCCGUGUGGUGCAGUAAUUCCCGAACUGUGUACAGGUACCACUGAUGUUACUUGAAGCUCCCAAAAGUGGUACUCCAGAUGAUCUUGGAAAACAUUCAGUGUGGAAUAAAUCACUGUAAAAUAAUAUUGAAAUGAUAGAAAUUUGUUCAAAAACAAGAUGUUUUAAUAUUUCUACUCUAAUACAAUGUUUGUUUAUUGUUUAAUAAAACAUUUUGUAGAUUUUAUGUA